AUGCGGCGUGGUCAUUGCCAAGCGAAGAGCAGAGUAAUUGGUUCUCAUGUAAAACCCUAUUACAUGGAUGUGAAGCGUAUUCAUAAGCCUAAGAACAUUAUCAACGAUAUUCGCAAGGAAUUUGGGGUGAACAUAAGUUAUUCAAAGGCAUGGCGAUCGCGGGAAAAGGCUUUGGACAUGAUCCGGGGGGGUGCAGAGGAAUCAUUCCAGUUGCUGCCAUCUUAUCUGUACAUGUUGAAGUUGAAAAACCCUAGGACGAUUGCUGAAAUCGAGAGUGACAGUGAGAGCAGAUUCAAGUACCUAUUUAUGGCAAUUGGUGCAUGUCUUGCCGGAUUUCGUAGCCAAAUGCGGCCCGUAAUUGCGGUUGAUGCUUGCUUUCUGAAGGGUAAAUAUCUUGGUAGUUUGUUUGUUGCCACAUGCAAAGACGGUAACAACAAUGUAUAUCCUAUAGCAUGGGGAGUAGGAGAUUCCGAGAAUGAUGCCUCAUGGGAAUGGUUCUUCACAAAAUUGCGAUCAGCAAUUGGCCAUGAGAUACCUGAUUUGGUAUUUGUGUCUGACAGGCAUAAAAGCAUCAGUAAGGCGGUACUGAUGGUUUUCCCUAAUGCACUACACGUACAUUGUAUAUAUCACAUUGGCCAGAACGUUAAAGCUAAAUUCAAGCAUGAAAAUGUGCAUGCUUUGUUCUACAAGGCAGCGAAGGCUUAUCGAGAAUCAGAAUUCCAUGAAUUGUUUAACGAGCUCGAGCGAUAUGAUCCAACCGUCGGCACCUAUCUAAGAGAGGCCGGCUUUAGUCGUUGGGCACGUGCCUAUUCGGAUGGGAAGCGGUUUGAUAUAAUGACGACAAACAUUGCAGAAUGCCUCAAUGCAGCUUUGGCGGAUGCACGUAAAUUGCUUAUUUAA